AUGAUCGCCGCGCUCGACCACGCGCCUCGCGCGUCCAGGCCAUGCACCUGGUCGCACCUCGUCCUCCCCGCUGCGGCUGCUGCUGCCACGGCAGCUCGCCCUCGGCCGUCCCGCACUGCCGCGCCACUCCGGCCCUGUCCCCGCUCAUGCUCAGCUCGCUCCCCUGCUCCACCAAACCACCACCGCGCCGGCUUGCCUCGCUGCUGCUCCAGCUGUGCGCGCGCGCACGACGCUGCCCGUGCACGUCGCCUGCCUGCUCCCCUGCUACCGCGGCCCCCGCCUCCCCCGCAUUUGCUCGACCCGCCGCUCGCUGCCUGUACCCCGUCGCCCCUGCCUGCGCCGCUUGCCGGCCGCGCCUGGCCUCACCGGGGCCGCGGCAUGGCCGCCCUCUUCCUUCCCCGGCGGUUGCGGCCGCUCUUUGCGGUGCCUGGCGGCACACCGCCAGUCCCGCCCCAGGCCUGGACCUCCUCAACCCCCAUUGCCUCGUUCCCGACGACACCCAGUGAGGCCCCGUCCUUCUCCUCUGUACCACCUCGCGCUACGCGCGCGCCGUCGCCGCUCGUCGCGUGCCGCGACGCUGCUACCGCCCCCUGCCUCUGCAGCUCUCCGUCCUGCACUACGCCGCCGAUCCGCGCCUCCUCUCCCCUUCCUGACGUCGUGCGCCGCUGCCUCUGCUGGCCACCGCCCCGCUCGCUCUUGCCGCUUGCUCGUGCGCCGCACGCACGCACCGCCACGGGUCGCGCCCCUGCACCGCGGUCGCCGCGGUCGACCGCGCGCCUCGCGCGUCCAGGCCACACACCUGGCCGCACCUCGUCCUCCCCGCUGCGGCUGCUGCUGCAGCGCUGCGACUGCUGCCACGGCAGCUCGCCCUCGGCCGUCCCGCAGUGCCGCGCAACUCCGGCCCCCUCCCCGCUCGUGCCCAGCUUGCUCCCUGCUCCACCACACCACCAUCGCGCCGGCUUGCCUCGCUGCUGCUCCAGCCGUGCGCGCGCGCACGACGCUGCCCGCGCACGUCGCCUCCCUGCUCCCCUGCUACCGCGGCCCCCGCCUCCCCCGCAUUUGCUCGACCCGCUGCUCGCCGCCUGUACCCCGUCGCCCCUGCCUGCGCCGCUUGCCGGCCGCGCCUGGCCUCACUGGGGCCGCGCCGUGGCCGCCCUCUUCCUUCCCCGGCGGUUGCGGCCGCUCGUUGAAGUGGCUGCCGGCGCACCACCAGUCCCGCACCUGGCCUGGGCAAGUGGCCUAACGGGCUGGCGCCCACGCGCCCGCACCCGUUUUGGCCUAUGGGCCUAUGGCAACGGGGGCCCGCCCACAGAACGUGUUUAA